AUGACACAUACUCGAGGGAAGAUAAAGAAGAAUGUUUUUCAGAAGUUGGCGGACACCAUAGACAUCGUACCUGAUGAGGAAGAACUAAUCAUAAUGGGAGACUUCAAUGGACACGUAGGCCCAAGAAGAACACCAUGGGAAAACUACCUUGGACCACACGGUGACACCAGUUCAGAUUGUAACUAUAAUGGGGAACAACUUUUAGCUCUCUGUGCAGAGUAUGAAUUAUACAUCACAAAUACAUUUUACCAGCACAGGCCAAGUCAACCUCACUCGUGGUACAGAAGGAACAACCUAGAAAUUUCCUCACAGAUCGACUUCAUAUUAAGACGAAUCGCCCAUAGAACAAAAACAACUGAUGCAAGAUCAAUCCCAAACAUCACAUUUGAUACAGAUCAUCGACCAGUGAUGAUGAUGAGUAAAGAGAAAAAAAGACCCAUGCGAAAACAGAAGAUAUAUUCAGAGAAAAUUAAUUUACGAAAACUCAAUGAAGAGGGCAAUGUGCAGAAAGUUGAGGACGAGAUCACAAAGAGACUAGAAAACCGAGACACCAGUUCUAUGAACGUUGAAGAAACAUGA